AGCACAGAAUAACAUCUCAGCUCUUCUCCCUCCGCUUCUCCCCUCACUGCAUCUCCCUUCCUCGGUGCAGAGAACUCAACACAAUACAGUAGAGCCACACGGAACUGCCGUCGCAAACGCAGCCUCUGCCUGCCAUCAACAAGUUAGGGAUGAAGGACCUCAAGCAAUGAAAGAGGAAUGUGUGAGCUUCAAUUAACCAAUUGAGCUGACAUCAUUGCGGUGGAAAAGGAAAGAGGCAGCUAAGGGACAGAGAAUCUGCUCAGCAGUGUCGCUUUGGAUACAAAUCAUCAACUUCAAAAUUAAGCUUGGAAGGCAAUAAUACUGGUCUUUUCUUAAUCUGGGAAUUGAAUAGAGGGAAAGAAAAAGAAAACGGACCAAAAAUAAACAGCAUCCUAGGACAUGGAAUUCCUGAAUUUGGUUCAACUAGGGGGGCUCAGCGCUUCAUUAUUUCUGGAGAGCUUGAUUCCUUUUGUAUUUACUCAAAAGGUUUUUUUCCCUUUUGAUUUCCCUUCCAACUGGCUGCUCCAAAAGUCUGUGGAAAAAGACAGUUGAAUGCAGCCUCCGAUGUACACAAAAGAAUGGGUUUCCAUUCAAGGUGGCCAUUGGUGGGACAAGCACCAGUGGCACUUUGUGUGAUCAGCAUGCUACUGUGCAUCCCUCCUACGUCAUGCACAACCUGCCCCCAGAAAUGCCGAUGUGAAGACCUACAGUUUUACUGCGACACGCAGGGGCUCCUGGCGCCCCCAGACAGCGUGGAUAAAGGGGCCCUUGGACUGUCGCUCAGACACAACAGCAUCAGCGAGCUCAGCUCAGACCAGUUCCUUGGUUUCACUCAGCUAACCUGGCUCCACCUGGAUCACAACCAAAUAAUCACAGUGCAUGAGGAUGCCUUCCAGGGGCUGUACAAGCUCAAGGACCUGAACCUGAGCUCCAACCGCAUCACCAAGCUGCCAAACACAACCUUCAUUCACCUCAUCAACCUGCAGAUUUUGGAUCUCUCCUUCAACCAGAUGACAGCGUUGGAGCCAGAGCUCUUUCAUGGGCUCCGGAAACUUCAGAUCCUUCACCUACGGUCAAACUCCCUGCGUACUACACCAGUCCGGGCCUUCUGGGACUGCCGAAGUCUGGAAUACCUUGGACUGAGCAACAACCGCCUCCGUAGCCUGGCCCGGAACGGCUUUGCCGGGUUAAUUAAACUGCGAGAGCUCCAUCUGGAACACAAUCACUUGACCAAGAUUAACUUGGCACACUUCCCUCGCCUAGUCGCCCUCCAGUUCCUUUAUCUACAGUGGAACAAGAUCAACAAUUUAACAUCCACCAUGGAAUGGAAAUGGACAACUCUGGAGAAACUGGAUCUCACUGGGAAUGAGAUACGCAUAAUUACUCCUGAUGUGUUCGAGACUUUGCCCAACCUAAAGAUCCUGCUGCUGGAUAACAACAAAUUGACCAGCCUCGAUACCCAAAUCAUGGAUAUGUGGAAGUCCUUAAGUGCUAUUGGGCUGUCCAGCAACCUUUGGGAAUGUACCAAAAGGAUCUGCAAUAUGGCCACUUGGCUGAGUACCUUUAAGGGUCGAUGGGAGCAUUCUAUCCUCUGCCACAGUCCUGAGUACGCACAGGGUGAGGAAAUACUGGAUGCCGUUUACGGAUUCCAACUUUGCCAAAAUUUCUCGGCGCCGGUUGUACUGACCAGUACUACCACAGAGACCAUGCUCCCGGAGAUCACAAGCUCCCUGUUUGGAAAUAUGCAGACCCCUACGCAAGACUUCUAUGCAGAGGAUUUUGGGAGCUUUACGAUUGUCACUCCUACCACCACCACUACCCAAUCCCCACGCACUGCCCUCGCUACUACCAUGACAGUGGAGGGGGCAGAGUUUACGGAGGACUACUCUGCAAUGGACAACACAGUGCUGACCCAGAGAGUCAUUAUUGGCACUAUGGCUCUGUUAUUUUCCUUCUUUCUUAUAAUUUUUGUAGUGUACAUAUCACGAAAAUGCUGCCCUCCUACUCUGAGGCGGAUCCGCCAUUGCUCGGCCAUUCAGAACCGACGACAGAUGAGGACCCAACAGAGGCAGCCAAUGGCGGACCUGGCAACACAGGUGCCCUAUAACGAAUACGAACCCAGUCAUGAGGAGGGUGCACUCGUGAUCAUCAAUGGCUAUGGGCAGUGCAAAUGUCAGCAACUGCCUUACAAAGAGUGUGAAGUAUAAACUAUUUAUUCCUACCGUUUAUGGGUUUACCAUUUAUCCAUUUCAAAAGAUACAGGGUUUGCUUUUGAACUUUCUCUUUUUAGUUUGUACGAACAGGCAUUUUUUCUUUGAAAUUGUUAGCUUUGAAAUCUAUGAAAGCUUGAGAUGACUGAGAUGACUCUGAAGAGAGGAAAUAUAGAGAAAUUCACAAAUUUAUUUUUGUAAUACAAAUGCAAGGUUCAUCUCUUAGUUGGGGAAAUCAAUCUCAGCAGCUGAAGGCUGGAUGUGAGAUGUGUCACUGCAUCAACAGUUUGUGUACUAUGUAUUCUGCAGCACAGAAGAGAUAAAAAAAAAUACAAAAAUCUAUAGCCAAACCACCUGGAACCUUGUGCUCUGGAAAAGAGUUUAUAAAAUGACAUAUGCUGAUAAAUGGUAAAAUAAAAAUAAAUUUUAUUCCAUGAAAAAUAGUUACAUAUGCUGAGCAGUGCAAAUGUAAAAAUAUAUAUAUUUCUUUUUUUAUGGUGCACAUUAGGCAACACUAGAUAUCACUCACAUAUUCACUUUUGUGGAGAGAGGACAUGGGGAAUCAGAUGAAUACAAAGCAUAUUUUUUUACUCACCUUUUCUAAAUUGAGAACAAGUGCUGUUACAAAUUGUGCCACAUAAUGGAAUUUAGUAUUGAACAGAAAAUUCAAGGCACUCACAUUAGUUGGCAUCCUUGAGUGGCAGAAAUUAUCGUUUCACUUUGAUUGAGACUUAAAUUUGAACUAAUGAAUACACUUAACUGCCUUCCCAUUUCUGCAUUUGGUGAAAUUCAAUAAACUCUGUCCGCUUCCUUGAAAUCUUAAAGACUAGCACUUUGUGAAAAGGUUAAUGUCUAAUACCACUCUGUACUGGUUCUGACAAAAUGUCUGAAUAAGCUCCCUCCACUCUGACUUCAGCAGAAUUUUAUUAAAUGUUAACUAGAGACAAUUGCUUAUUUAUCAUUGUGCAUAUAGGCUUACAUAACCUGGCUCAAAAUACCGACAUCCUCACUGUGAUUAAACAAUGCUGUUUAGACCAUUGGACCAUUAAUUAAUAAAAGAGACCAUCAAAGUAUUCUAGAUGAUGAUGAAAACACUAGUGAGAAAAUAACUUUCUAGGGACAAGGGAAGAGAAACAAAUGGAGAGGACACAGACAAUUGUCUCCAAAAAAAAAAAAAAAAAAAAAAAAAAAAGCUUAGCAUCGCACUGCUUGAAUGCAGAAAAGAGUGUGAUCACACCUGACAGCUUCAACAUUGAGUCAAUUAGGCCUGGGGAAACUAAUCUUAUAUUCUGGUCACCAAAACCUCUUCCGCUGCAAGAUUCAGCCUUCUUGACCAGUAGAAAUUACAUAGAAUCUUCCUCUUCUGUGGAAACAAGGACGUUCUUUUUCUUCACAGCCCUCAUUUCAUUGGUCCAUAUAGGCAUAAAAGCCUUUUUUUUUUUUUUUUUUUUUUUUUUAUGUGUGUUUGAGAAAUAUUGAGAGGGUGAACAUCAGAAAAAGGACACGAAAGAGACAUCGCAAGAAAGCGAUAGACAUAUAGUAAGACUGAAGUAAAGCAUUGUGAAACUCUCAGGAGAGCAUGCAGAAUAUGAGAGGCUAGGUCAGGACACAUUUUUAUGCAGCACUAAGAGGACAGACAUUAGCAUCAAACUACAGAAGUUGUUGCUGAAGUUGCUCUUUGUGUUUCACUCAGGAGUUGGGGGUAGGGAUGCAUGGAGGGAUACAGGGUAGCCAUACACUGGUUAAUGUCUAAGGGAAGACCACAAGUAUUUUAGAAGCCAUGUAGCAGGGCUGAAUAAGGGUACCAAAACCAUUAGAAGGAAAGGUAAACACAUGACAAAACAGUGAAUGACAACAUCAUGGGCAAGAUCUGGAAACAACAUUCUGUUUGAGCAACAAUAAGGCAUUUUGCCUCUUUGCAGAAAAUAAUUAUUCAUCAAGCUAUAGCUUAAGAGAAAAUAGCUAAAAAAUAAACAUCAAAUCCUGGCUUUGGUGGUAUAAUCAAAAUCAGAGAAAUUGGCAGCCAUAUCAAAGUCCUUUUAUCUACCCAACAGUAAUAAACUACAGUAAUAAAUAUUUGACAAACAUGGAAUAGGACAUGAUUAAUUUUCUAAUAAGAAAUUAUUCAUGCUUAAAAAGACUGGUUAGUGUAAAGUAUCCUCGAGAGGGUGCUGUAAAAUACCAACAAAGUUCAUUCAAAAACCCAGUUCAUUCAUUUGCUUUCCUCCAAAAAAAACCUUGCAUGUUAAACAUGAUGGUUAUGUUGCCAUAAGCUGAAGUCCUGCUGCUCACUCUGGCUAAAACAGCCCCCCCUCAAAUCACAACCCAAAAACUGAGAAUGCUGCUCACCAACCUCUCCCCAAACCCUGCUUUUUCCUUUUGUAUUGUAAUAUGUACUAUUUCAUAUCUGUAUAGUGGGUAAAGAUUUGGCCAACAGAAAAGUU